AAAAGAGAAGCAAUCUUAUUAUUUACUUCAGAAUUUUUUGUUAUUUAGAAUUAAGAUAUCGUACGCACAGUUAAAACGUUCUCGGGUUUAAACUUUGCUGAGAUCUAGUCAAAUUUAUCGUAGUCAAAAAUAUUAUUUUUAUCAUGAUCAACUUUACUAAAAUAUUACACUAUGUUAUUGUCGCUGCAGUUAUCAUAAAUAUGGUUUCGUCUAUAGAGUUGCGUAAGCAUAGCAUUCGUUUGUUUGAAUAUUUUAGACGAGGGCGCGUAAAAUGUUAAGACAAUAUUUUUGAGAAACCGUAUUUUAUCGGAACUGUAUUUUGUAUAAUAACUAUUAUUCGAAAAAUGCUUAUCAUCAUAAGCAUUUUUGUGGUUGCUUAUUACAGCAAUAUGCUCAUGGUGGUAUACUAUAAUGUGAAUAGAUUGUAUAAAUUUAUAAUUGUCUAAAUAUAAAAAAAAACAUAUUUUAUGAAUUGAUAAUAAUAUAAAAAUGAUUAAAAUAUUGUAAUUUAUUGUUGUUGACAGCAAAAGAUUUCGUACAGUGUAGAAAAAGCGAUCCUGCUCUCGACGAAUGUCUAAAAGGCGCAUUUCAAAGUGGUCUUUCUUAUUUGGGAAAAGGUAAGAACAAACUCCGAAUACUUUAGUUUCUAGUUUUCUAUUAACACACGAGGGUAGUUUUCGGUGUGACAAAUCCGAUAUUUAUUUGAAUUUAUUGUAAUAAUAUUAAAAACUUUAAAAAUACAACUUGUGUUUGUGUAGGUGAUCCGAGUUUAGGUUUAAUCGAAUUAGACUCGUUUAUGAUUCCGUUAUUAAAUGUGGAACAAAAAACUGAAUCAAUGAACAUUUACGUCAAAUAUAUGAAUUCGACUAUAUCUAACCUGAAAACUACAAUAAUAGAUAACGUACAGUAAGUAUUUAUAGUAGCAUUGAUUUUAUAACAUACUUAUAAAAUAACGCUGGGGCAUUUGCCCCCCUUCUCCUGGCCUUUCGGUAAUUUUUUUUUUAAAUUAAAUGUUUAAGAUAAAUUACUAUAACUGUUUAAUAUAUUUAUACAUAACAAAGUAAAAGCGGUUAUAUGAUUAUAUGAAUAAUAGAUCACCAUCUCACCAUUAUUAAAACAUUUGAUUAGAUUAUUGGCAGCCGAUUAAUCAAUUUAUUUUUUAAUCAGGCCUUUAUAUAGUUUCCUACAUAAUAUUCUCAAUCGUAUAAUAUCUACUCAUCUAAUUCUAUUAUUGUUAUUAUUAUCGUAUAUUUCUUCAAAAAGAUAAUGGGCCCCGCCGAACAGGUUCGUGUUAAAUGAUCACUGAUUAGUGUUUACCCGUACAAUAUUGUAUCAUUGUGUAGACUUAAGUAAUUAUGGAGACUAAUUUAACGGUUAUCCGAAUUCGUUAGAAAAUGGAUUCGAGAAGACACUUUAAAAAACCUCGUUUAGAACUAGAAUCCGAACAUACAGAAGUAAACGAAAAUAAUGGAACGAUAAUUGUUCGAUAUCUUGUUUCAUUAAUCCUUUAAAGAAUGAUUAUCAGAAGAAAAUAAAGUACCUUAUUCUAUUUUUCAAUUAUUACCAGAAUAUAUAAUGAACAUCAAUGUAGAUCGCCUAUAUAGAUGUAUUGGAUCUACUGAAAGAAUCAAAAAUAUUUUGCCCGUCAGUAUUUUAAGCAAUUUGCCUUAACAUCCCGACAACUACUUGUACUGCCGAGCGGCUCUUCAGCACGUUGCGGUGGGUUGAAACCUGGUUACGCUCUACCAUGACUGACUCGAUGCUUUAUGCAUGAUGAAUGUACAUAAAUUUAUGGUAAAUGACCUAAUUUGAAAUGACAAAUUUUAUAGUGAAAUUGUUGAUCGUUUCGAAGACAUGCGAGACGAUUACAAUUUGUUUUUGAGAAUCAACAAAGUUAACUUUAACUUUACCUAUACACCUAUACUUGUAAGUUGUAAGUCAAUAAAAUAUACAUACGAGUACAAUAAAAAGGUUGUUGUUUUAAAAUAGUAAAAAUAUAAUAUUUCUCCUGAAAUCCUAACAUUGCCUCCCUCCCUAAAAAAAUGUCUACGGGCGCCUAUUAUGCGUACCAAAUAUAUUUAUAUACUUGCAAUUUGAUUAUUUUAAAGCUAUGAUCCUGUAAAUUAUGAUCUCAGCGUUGAGCUACGAAUUCCGAACCAUGUAAUAAUCACGGGAGAUUACAAUAUAAACGGGAAAAUUAUGAUUCUUCCGAUUAUGGGAAAUGGCAAAUUUACGUACGACUUUGGUAAGAAUAUAUUAAAAACUUGAAUACGUGCAAGCGUUACGUAGCGUAUAAGUAGAUAAACUAUAGUAAUGAAUUUAUUUUAUACAGAUUUAACGAAAAUCAAUGUUAAUAUGCUCCUAAAACCGGUGGCCAAAAAAGGAAACACAUAUUUGAAGGUUGAAAAUUUAAAAUUGGCAUUUACUAUUAAACAUAUCCGUACAGAGCUGACGAAUUUAUUUAAUGGAAACAAAGAGUUGGGUAUGCUAAACAUAAAAAUUAAAAUUAAAAGAUUUAUGAGUCACACAUAAAUGAAGAAUUUGUGUGGGGCUAGGAAAGGCUUAGACACCAUAACAUUUUAGAUUCUGAGCUGAGCGAGGAAUGUAUUGGUUUUAAAAUGAUGUUUAUUUUUUUUUUAUGUGAACAUUUUUUCUAUUAGAAAGCUUACUCCGAUUAUCAAGUAAAGCACCUUUUCUGAAAGGUAAUGUUCUCUGGGUGGUACUUUAAAGAAGUCAUUUUUUUGAAAUUCUCAUUAAUAUUCGAGAUAAUGUGGAAAAUCUGGUUCUUUAGGUUAAAAAAAAUUGAAAGAUUAAAAAUAAGGUUGUCUUCGGCAACCGUUAGUAUUUAUUUUUUGGUAUUAUUAAGUUUUUAUUUUUUUUAUUUUUUAAACUAUCAUUGUUGUCAUGGAAACGCACAUUGUUGUAAACAUUUUACCAUAAUAUAAUAUAUAUCAUAUAUUGUAUUGUUGCAACACUAUCAACUAAACUCCGCUCAGAAUUGGUUUUUUGUAAGCAAUGGUUUAUCAUUGUUUACAGAUAUACAUUAAAUUCCCAUCUUUGUCCUACCUUCCCAACUUCCCACCUACAAUAGUGGAUGCACCCACGUGCGAAGUAUAUCCGUCCUUUUUAUUUUUAAUUUGUAUCAAUCUGUCUACUAGUUUGCUUAUACGCGAUGUACAGACAAGUCUCGUAUAGUACGCUUAGGUCUGAAAAUGUCCACCAAUAUAAUGAUUAAAUGGGCCUGUGUGUAAAUCUAGAAACAGAAUUUUCGAAAUUUAACCUCUAUAUUUACUUACUAUCUUUUUGAGUUUAAAUGACAGCCAACGAAGGGUUUUUGAUAUUUUUGGUAGAUACGAACAUAAAUUAGCUUAACUGAUGAUAAAAUCUUGUCGACGUAGAUGAAAAAACAGUUAACGGGCAACAACGUGAGGUUCAUUUUGAAAGGAAUGUGAGUGGAAACGGGCAAAUACGUUUUUAUUUUAGAUUCUGAGUGGAGUGAAACAGCUUAUGGUUUUAAAAUAUGUUUAUUUAUUUUUCUGUAAGUAACUUUUUUACCAGAAUGCUCCAAUGAUAACAAUUUUUCUAAAAGGAAAUCUAACUUUAAGUAAAGUACUUUAAGAGGUAGUUUUUGAUUUUUCCAAAAGUUUCCUUAAUAAAAGUUAAAAACCGAAAAAACUGGAAAAUCGGUACAUAAAAUAAAUAUUAUUAAAGAAAAUAUAUAAUUAAUUAUAAUUAUUUAAUUAUGUUCCAUAAUAUAACAUAUAUAUUGUUGACAAAGCAUCACUAUCUACUGAAUUCCGCUCAGAAUCGAUUUUUCGUUAGUAAUGGUUUAUCGUUGCUUACAGGUAUACAUUAAAUUACCUAAUAGUGGCUGCACUUAUCUCUAUUAUCCUAAGACGUCUUUAUAAAAUUGUUUUAAGUUCAACACUGUACACGGGCAAAGCUAUGCUGUCCCGCAAGCAAUACAUAUCAGGGGUAUUUUAUCCUCAGUGGUACAAUUAGGGGAGGAGUUUAGGAGCUUAACCCCCCGGAUAAUCAGAAGCCCACCUCAAUACCGAAGCAGAACCAUAUUCAUUUAAUAUUAUAGUGGGACACUUGGACUCCAGUUACUUCUGCUAAUUGAAAAAUAAUCGUAACGAUUUAAGACUUUUUAUAGAAUAUAUUUUGUGUCAACUUUUUCUUGACGUAAUUACAUUUAAAAUUGAAUUAAGAUUUCUACAAACACUCAUAGUUCAGAAACAAAAUUGAAGUAUUUAAAUCCUCUUCUAAAACCUCUAGAAUAUAUAUGCAGCAUGUGACGAUACUUUUGGGUUUAUUAUUUUGUUAAAAAAUGUGUAAGACACAUUUCAUAGAUUUUCCAAUAACCGAUCUUUCGGACCUUCCGUUCUAUGUUUCGGUUAUGUCAUAGCAGUAGAAAGUCUAAAAAUAUUUUGAAAUAUGUGAAACAAAUGACGUAUUAAGCGAUAAUGUUUAUUUAUUUUCAAUAAUUCCGGGGGCUAGAGAAUUUAUUGUAGGCCGUAACAAGGUCAAACAAAUUCUGAAAUAUAUUACACGUUUACAAACAAAUGAUGAAAAACCCAAAAUGACAAAAAUCCAAAAUGGGGGCCAGUGAAACGUAUAUGAUUUAUCGGUGAGUUCAAAUAUAAAUAAUAUUAUCUCUACAACUGUGGCACACUCGUCAGCAGUAUCAGUACUUUUUUUAAACCUCUUUUUAGUAUUAAAUGAGCAAUAGAUGUUUUUCUUGUGUAUUUCAUGAUAUUUUGUUUUACUACACAAAAAUAAGUUAAAAACGAAUAAUACUGUACACAAAUUAAGUAACUAAUGUACAGUAAUAUAAUAUAAAUUGUUCAUAAUAUAAAAACAAACGGGCAUACUUCGCACAAUGGCUGGGCCACUGUUGUAGGUGAGAAGUUGAGAAGUUAGAGGGGAAAUUUAAUGUAUAUCUGUAUACAACGAUUUAUCAUUGUUGUCGAAAAACGACUUUGAGUGGAGUUAGGUUAUACAUGUUUAGAAAGGCCGUAAUAUUUACGAUUUGAAUAUAAUACACUUCGUACACAUUUUCCCAUUUUUCCCAUUUAUUGGGAAAACUCUUGGGAAAGUCAAAAACUCCUUAAAGUACCACUCAAGUCAAAUUUACUUUCAGAAAAAGUGCUACGAUUGAAAUUCGGAGCAAAAUUCCUUAAAGAAAAGUUGUUUACAAAAAAAAAAAAUAAAUAUCAUUGUAAUACUAUUGCAUUACUGGCUCCGCUUAGGCUUCAGAAUCUAAAACAAUUAGACAAAAAAUCAAAUUUUCCAUUUGAUUCGUCAUAAUAAGUUAUAGUGAGGUGUUUUCAAGUGUUAUAUUUUAAUUGUUCCUCAUUUGUUCAUAUUACAGGAGACAAUAUGAAUGUAUUUCUAAAUGAAAAUUGGACUGAGAUUUUAGUUCAAUUACAAACAAACAUCGAAGAAAAAUUUGCCAUAUUAAUUAAGGAUUUAAUUCAACAAUUCUUGAAUCACGUGCCUGAAAAUCAACUUUUAUUAGAAUAAAUUUAAAUUUUGUUCGUGUAUUUUAGUUAUAGUAUUUCUUACGUAGUUUUACUUAUUCUAAAAAAUAUUUAUAAAUAAUAACUAUUAUUCGGCUUUGUGUUUAUCUUAUAUAUAUAUUAUUAAUUAUAUAUGCAUUAACAGAAUGUUAUUUAUUAAAAUAUUUUUUGUUCUUGAACAUUUAAAUAAUAUAAGUGCGCAAUAAAUUUAACCUUCCAAAGUUAA